GUUGGGUAGUCAGCUGAUCAAGUCGCUGCCCUUUUACAACCGCCUGUCUUUUAAAAACAUCAUUUUCCUUGUUUAUAUAAUCAGUGUCAGUGGAUUUUCGUGCAAUAUUUUUGUCUGUAAAUUUUCUCGUCAACAAUGCGUCUUGUUAUUUGUGAUACCGUUGAUUAUGUUGCCGAAUGGUCGGCAAAAUAUGUGAUGAAAAAAAUUAAGGAAUUCCAACCAAAUGAGAAUAAAUAUUUCGUCCUUGGACUGCCAACAGGUGGCACUCCAUUGGGAAUGUACAAAAAGCUCAUUGAAUAUUACAAGGAAGGUAGACUUUCUUUCAAAUACGUCAAGACUUUUAAUAUGGACGAGUACGUCGAUUUACCAAGAGAUCAUCCCGAGUCCUAUCAUUAUUACAUGUUUAAUAAUUUCUUCAAGCAUAUUGAUAUCGAUCCGAAAAAUGCACACGUUCUCGAUGGAAAUGCUCCCGAUUUGAAUAAGGAGUGCGAGGAUUUCGAGAGAAAAAUUAAAGAAGCCGGAGGAGUUGAACUCUUCAUCGGAGGAAUCGGACCGGACGGACACAUCGCCUUCAACGAACCAGGCUCGUCUCUAUCGUCGAGGACUCGAGUGAAAACCCUCGCCCAGGACACUCUGGAGGCGAAUGCGCGAUUUUUCGACAACGACAUUAAUAAAGUGCCAAAUGAGGCGUUGACCGUUGGAGUGGGAACCGUAAUGGACGCCAAGGAAGUGAUGAUUCUUAUCACUGGUUCUCAUAAAGCUUUUGCACUCUAUAAGGCCAUUGAGGAAGGUGUCAAUCACAUGUGGACGGUUUCUGCCUUUCAACAACAUCCACGCACAAUUAUUCUCUGCGAUGAGGACGCAACCAUGGAAUUGCGCGUCAAAACCGUUAAAUAUUUCAAGGCUUUGAGUGCCGUUCAUAUGAAACUAAUCGAGGAAUCACCGGUGACUCGUCGCUCUAUAUCAAGCAGUGAAAAGGUUUGAAAAAGAAUACCUUUUUUAAAAAAAAGAAAAGAAGAAUUGAAUCAAUCGAAAGAAACAAAUUUCUUUCUCGACAAAGAAACACACGAUUAAUUCCAGUGAUUUAAAAAAAAAAUUGACCUAUUUUUUAAUCUUUCCAUUUUUACAAUUUGUAUACAAUUCUUUAAUAAUAAAAAGAAGAAAUAAUUAUUUUCACAAUUA